AUGCCACCUCCCGUCGGCAGAUAUGGGCCAUCUGGUCUAGGUGCCCCUUACAAUAUACAACAAUCUCACAUUCAGUCUCACCCUCACGCUCAGUCUGCAAACACACUACCUCCCCCUUCGCUUGGUCAUCCCGGCUUCGCGGGCAACCCAAAUACCAACAUCAACCCGUUCACACUUUCCGGCGCUGGCAUUGCAAAUGGUAUGUCUGUCGCUGGAUUCCCAGGCGCGGGUGCCGAUGGUGGUGGUACCGGACUAGCCAGCCACGCCGCACAGAUGGGGUUCGCGCGCGGUGCGCAAAUGCAACAGGCACAACUACACCAAGGCCACGACGGUCGGUUAGCACUCGAAGCUAAAGGAGGUGCAGUCAAGUCUAGAAUCAGAGAUGUCUGGAAGCACAAUCUGGCUCAUGAGAUGGCGGUGUUGCGUCAGCUGGUCGACAAGUACCCAUAUAUCAGCAUGGAUACCGAAUUCCCUGGAAUUGUCGCACGACCGAUCGGAUCAUUCUCAAACAAAGCCGAUUACCAUUACCAGACCCUGCGAUGCAAUGUCGACCUUCUGAAGAUGAUCCAACUGGGAAUCACCCUGUUCAACGACGAAGGAGAGGUUCCACCAGCGUCGGGUGGUGAUGGGAACGGACAGGCAUACGGCGUGCCCGCUCCUUGUACGUGGCAAUUCAACUUCCGGUUCUCACUGGAGGGCGAUAUGUACGCCCAGGAGUCAACAGCCAUGCUCGCCAAGUCCGGAAUCGACUUUGCCAACCAUGAGAAGAACGGUAUCGACCCCUUUGAGUUCGGUGCUCUAUUGAUCAGCUCUGGGCUGGUCCUGCUCGAUGACGUCCACUGGGUUUCGUUCCACUCCGGAUACGACUUCGGCUAUCUGAUGAAGAUCAUGCUCUGCUCCCAACUUCCCGAAAAUGAGGAGGAGUUCCACAAACUUCUGACCAUCUUCUUCCCGUCACUCUACGACAUCAAAUACCUCAUGAAGCACGCCGGCCGCAACCAGGCUGUCAACGGCUCGCCUCUUACCCCUGCAGCAGCAGCGAUUCUCACCAGUCUGGGACAGAAAUCCGGCUUGCAAGAUAUCGCCGAUGAGCUUGGCGUCAAGCGUGUUGGAAUCGCUCACCAGGCCGGGUCCGACUCCCUCGUGACAGGCGAGAUCUACUGGAAGACCCGCCAACUCAUCUUUGGCGGCGCCAUCGACGACAGCAAGUACUCCGGCCAGAUCUGGGGUCUCAAUGGACAGAUGCCCGCAAUGGCCUACAACAUGGCCCAGCAAACGCCGAACCUCAACGGUGCCACCAUCUACCCGGGAACCCCUAGCACCCCCAAUACCGGGUCCCACGGAACCGGCGCCCACACUCCCCAGCACCACGGAGCGAGCUAUCAAGCCGUGACGCCGGGGGCCUAUCAAAUGGGCCGCGCAUAG